CGCGGCCGCCGAAGCACGCGACGGAGAACGGCGUCGGCGACGCGGCGAGCUUUUGGAAUUUCGCCAACAAGCACCGCGCCGUCGUCAACGCGCUCGUGCGGACGCAGCCGUCGCUGCUGGACGACUCCCUGCGUCUCCUGCUUGAGAAGCCGCGGCUGAUCGACUUCGAUAACAAGCGGUCGCACAUCCGAGCGAAGCUGAAGAAUCUCGCGGAGAGCGAGCCGCGGACGGGGCACCACGGCGGCGUGCGCGCGACCAUCAACCGGAAGCAGGUGCUCAUGGACUCGUUCACGCAGCUGCAGCAUCUGAAACCCGCGGAGAUGCGCGGGCGGCUCACGAUUCAGUUCAGCGGCGAGGAGGGCAUCGACGCGGGCGGUCUGACGCGCGAGUGGUACAUCCUCCUCGCGCGAGAGAUGUUCAACCCCGGGAACGCGUUGUUCGAGCUGUCUCCGUCCGGGGACCAGUCGUACCAGCCGUUCUCGAACAGCAGCGUGAACGACCAUCACCUCGCGUAUUUUAAAUUCAUCGGAAGAAUCGUCGGCAAGGCGGUGUACGACGGGCACCUCAUGGACGCGCACUUCACGCGGCCGUUUUACAAGCACAUGCUCGGCAUCCCGCUGAACUACGAGGACAUGGAAGCGUUCGACCCGGACUACCACCGAAACUUGGCGUACAUGCUCGAGCAUCCGCUCGCGGAGAGCGGCUUGGAUCACCUCACGAUGACCGCGACGACGAUGUGGUUCGACGUCGAGGAAACCGUCGAUCUCGUUCCGGACGGCGCGAACGUCCCGGUCACGGACGAGAACAAGCUCGAGUACGUCAACUUAGUCACCGCGCACAAGAUGACGAACGCGAUCAAAGACCAGAUCGGCGCGUUCACGGAGGGAUUCAACGACAUCGUCCCGCACGACGUGCUCGCGAUUUUAAACCCGAGCGAGUUGGAGCUCUUGAUCUCCGGCACGCCCGAGAUCGACAUCGAGGAUCUGCGCGCGCAGACGGAGUACACCGGGUACACGCCCGCGUCGCCGCAGGUGAGGUGGUUCUGGGACGUCGUCCGCGAUCUGAACGACGAGGACCGCGCGCGUUUGCUCAUGUUUUGCACGGGCACGAGCAAGGUGCCGCUGGACGGGUUCAAGGCGUUGCAGGGCAUCAGCGGGCCGCAGCGGUUUCAGAUACACAGGGCGUACGGCGGCGGGCAGAGGCUGUGCAGCGCGCACACGUGCUUCAACCAGCUCGAUCUGCCGGAGUACGCGAACAAGGAGGAGCUGCAGGAGCGGUUGCUGUUCGCGAUCAGGGAAGGAAGCGAAGGGUUCGGGUUCGGUUAAAGAGAAGGAACCCGAGAGGAGAGACGAUACGAAAAGAGAAGAACACCAGCCUUUUAAUCUCGUGAUGACGAGAUGCAUUCAUUC